UCCUGUGGGGUCGGACUGAGAAGUGCCUGAAGGAGACCACUGAGGAAAUCAGGAUGAUGGGGACAGAGUGCCACUAUUUCAUCUGUGAUGUAGGAAAUCGAGAGGAGGUCUAUCGACAAGCCAAGGCCGUGAGGGAGAAGGUGGGUGACAUCACCAUCCUGGUGAACAAUGCUGCUGUGGUCCAUGGGAAGAGCCUGAUGGACAGCGACGACGAUGCACUGCUCAAAUCACAGCACAUAAACACCCUGGGCCAGUUCUGGACCACCAAAGAAUUCCUGCCAAGGAUGCUGGAGCUGCAGAAUGGACACAUUGUUUGCCUGAACUCUGUCCUGGCCUUGUCAGCCAUCCCUGGUGCUAUUGACUAUUGCACCUCCAAAGCCUCAUCCUUUGCCUUUAUGGAGAGCCUGACCCUGGGGCUGCUGGACUGUCCUGGAGUGAAUGCCACAACAGUCCUUCCCUUCCACACCAGCACAGAGAUGUUCCAGGGCAUGAGAAUCAGGUUUCCUAGUCUUUUUCCUCCUCUCAAGCCAGAGACAGUGGCUAGGAGGACAGUAGAAGCUGUUCAGAUGAAUCAAGCCUUCCUGCUCCUUCCAUGGACAAUGCACGUUCUUGUCAUCCUCAAAAGCAUUCUCCCUCAGGCAGCACUUGAAGAAAUCCACAAGUUUUCUGGGAGCUACACCUGCAUGAACACUUUUAAAGGCAGAACAUAGACCUGGUGGCACUAGGACUGUUCUUCAGUGAACCCAACACAAGCAUGAAAACCCUGACAGGACUGUGAAUCAGCAGUCUUGGCUUUUAGCCUGUUCAUGUGACUUGUGCUGCUCUGAGGCACCACAUUUCUUGCAGGUCAUAUCCAUAGUAACAUGACCUUUGCACAGGAUUGAGUGACUGGACUAUGGGACCCUUGGAAAGAAAAACAAAACAACAAAAAAAAAGUGGGAAAUGUUUCUAUGAUGUUUAAUUCUUUAGAGUCCAAUUGUUAAAUCUCAUAGUUCUUAAGAUGUAAGUUUUGUUUCUGGAGUGUCUUCUUUGGGCUGUCCCAACUGAGAGGCAGCACAUGACACCCCAAACAUGCUUUGUCCCCUCUCUCCAGAGGAACUGCCACUGGUUUCACUUCAGCUUUUCAAAUGUGGAAUCCAAAAAUUACUUUGAAGAACUAAAAGUUAUGGACAUUUGAUGG